AUGAGCGGCCGGUUCCUCGCAGCUAGUCUGCGGCCUGUGGCGGCACGAAAUACCUCCACCGCAGCCGUCCGCCACUUACACCGAUUUCCAACUGGAGGGCUGCUCCGAGCAGAUGCCUCGAUUCGAGAAGCUAGAAAGCGCAUGUGGUUUGGAGGCAACUCUAUCCACAACCUGGUCAUUGCUCGGAAUGCGUCUUUUGUUCGACUUUUGCCCAAAUUGGUGUUCAAGUUUGCCAGAGUGCCUGCCUUAUUUGGUGGCUUGGCCAUUGGCGGCUUUGCUUGGGUUCAGUAUCAGGCCACACAGGCUGGCAACUAUGCCAUCUCACUCUUCAGCACAACUUUUGACACAGUGAGCGGUACGGCAUCCAGCCUAUACGGAUCUGCCAAAGAUGUCGCGGAUCAAACACGCCAAGGCUGGGAAAGCACGAAAGAACGACUAGAGGCCCCCGAUUGGUUAAAGAACAUGCUGGGAAAAAAUGAGGAAACUGGCUCUGGCGGAUCAGGAGGACCCAAUGGCGACCCUAAACACAGUAAAGUCGGCGCUGCUGCUGCCGUGGGUGCUUCGGCUGCCGCUGUUGGUUACGAGAAAACUGAAGACGAAGAUUCACGAGAUCCACUACAAGCCUCCAAAGAUGAUCAGAUGAUGGUAUUAACGAAGAAGAUGAUUGAGAUUCGGAGCAUCCUGCAAAAGGUCGGCCAGUCCAGCUCUCUCACUCUGCCAUCCAUCGUCGUCAUUGGUUCGCAAUCGUCUGGAAAGAGCUCAGUGUUGGAAGCCAUCGUGGGCCACGAAUUUCUACCAAAGGGAAGCAAUAUGGUUACCCGCAGACCGAUUGAAUUGACCCUGGUCAAUACACCUGAGUCGGUUGAGGAGUACGGAGAGUUUCCAGAUCUUGGUUUACGCAAAAUCUCCGACUUUUCUUCGAUUCAGCGAACUUUAACAGAGCUAAAUUUGGCUGUUUCGGACGCAGAGUGUGUCUCGGACGAUCCCAUUCACUUGACGAUAUAUUCGCGCAACGUUCCUGAUCUUUCUCUCAUCGAUCUCCCGGGCUACAUCCAGGUUGUGGGACAAAACCAACCCCUGCAACUGAAGCAGAAGAUAUCUGAAUUAUGUGACAAAUAUAUCCAGCCGCCAAACGUGAUUCUUGCCAUAUCUGCUGCGGAUGUCGAUUUAGCAAACUCGGCAGCCCUUAGAGCUUCGCGGAGAGUCGAUCCCCGAGGCGAACGAACUAUUGGAGUCAUUACCAAGAUGGAUUUGGUAGAUCCUUCCCGCGGUGCUAAUAUUCUUAACGAUACACAAUAUCCUCUACGGCUGGGUUACGUCGGAGUUGUGACAAAGGCACCGCUCUCACAAGGCUUGUUCAAGAUGGGUUCCUCAGAUCUACUUGCAGCGAUCUCAAAAAAUGAAAAUUCCUUUUUUUCAUCGCAUCCUCUUGAAUUUGGACCAGACGCAGGCGUCAAUGUGGGCACAUUGAAUCUUCGAAAGACAUUAAUGCGUGUUCUGGAACAGACCAUGUCAUCUAGCUUGCAGAGCACAAGCGACGCCAUUAGACAGGAAUUGGAAGAAGCAACCUACGAGUUCAAAGUUCAGUACAACGAUCGCCCUCUCUCUGCGGAAUCUUAUCUUGCCGAAAGCCUCGAUGCUUUCAAGCAUUCAUUCAAGCAGUUUACCGAAGAAUUUGGGCGCCCAGAAAUGCAUGAGAUUUUAAAGAGUGCUCUAGAUCAGAAAGUGCUAGACCUGCUAGCCGCGCGUUACUGGAACAAACCAGUGACAGAUUUGGCGCAGGCGAAGUUGGACCUCGACAAUCUCGCUGACCUCCCCAAGUCCGAUCCCGAUUCUCUAUACUGGCGUCGUCAGCUAGACGCUUCAACUUCAGCUCUUACGAAGCUAGGAGUCGGGCGCUUGGCAACCACGGUCAUCGCAGCAUCUCUCCAAGCGCAUGUUGAUAAAUUGCUGGCAAACUCGAGUUUUGUGAGCCAUCCUUUCGCCAAGAAAGCCAUCACUGAUGCCGCAUCAACUAUUCUCAAUGAAAGAUUCUACAGCACCAGUGAUCAGGUUGAGAACUGCAUCAAACCCUUCAAGUUCGACAUUGAGGUUGAUGAAAGAGAGUGGAAUCAAGGCCGCGAGCACGUUGGCACUGUUCUCAAGAAGGAGCUGCAAGAUUGCGAGGCUGCUCUGGCCAGCUUGGAGCCGGCUGUCGGGGGCCGCAGGAAGCUAAAGGAAGUAAUGGCCUUUGUGGACAAGGCACGAAAGGGCGACAUCGUUGUUGAGGGCGAUGGGCGAAGCGGCGCGGGCGGAUUUAGCGCUGCCCUCCUUAGUAAAGGGAGAGAAGCUAUCUUUCUUCGAGACAGGGCCGAUCUUAUCAAGAUGCGAAUGCUGGCCAUCAAAUCGAAGCAGUGCAACAAUCCUAAAAACAAAUAUUAUUGCCCGGAAAUCUUUUUAGACUCCGCAGCCACUAAGCUAGCUUCCACAGCUGUUCUCUUCCUCAACGUAGAAUUACUAUCAGAGUUUUACUACAACUUCCCACGAGAGCUAGAUCUUCGCCUCGGCCGCCAUCUAUCCGCAGAGGAGGUUGAGAAGUUUGCCAAGGAGGAUCCUAAGAUCCGUCGACACCUUGAUGUCAUCCGGAGGAAAGAACUAUUGGAAUUAGUACUCGAGAAAAUGGAUAGUCUCCGGCAAUUGGAAGGAAGAGACAGAGAACAUGGAACAAACUCAAGAAGAGGAGGAGCUAACAAAGACCGUGGACGAUGGGGGCUCUUCUAA